AUGAAAACAAUUAAAGUAGGUGAGGACGAGGAAUGGGGAAACGAGAGCGAGGCGAUGCCUGGAGAACCUCGUACGCCGAGCUCGGGAGGGGAGAAAGCGGCUUCCAGUGGAGAAGCGUCGCCUGCUUCAGGGAGUUCACCUGCAGCCUCUCCGCCACGAUUACGUCUCAAUGCAAGCCUUGCGACAGACCCAGCCCUAGCGCCGCAAGCUACACCCUUAAAACGUGAACCACCUUCCCCGUCACCACCUCCAGCGCCAAAUUUACAAGCAAGAGAAUACCUUGCACUGACUGCGGCCGCUUUUCCUGCUCUUAUUCCAGCAAAUACUCCACCGAUCUAUAUGUGCAAACCAUGUGGUAUUCGAUAUUCUUCACUCAGCACGCUGCAAGCACAUCAAGAGCAUUACUGCUCGAAUAGGCGGCCGAAACCACCAGACAGCGUGGAGACACCCAACGACGCAGCAGCUGACGAAUCUAGCAGUGAUGCGAAAACUCCGCGUCCACCUGGAAAACAGUACGCCUGUACCUAUUGUUCUUACAGCGCUGAUAAGAAAGUAAGCUUGAACCGACAUAUGCGAAUGCAUUCGUCUUCACCUGUAAAUAGUGGAACCCCUGCGCCACCCCCGACCUCAAACGGGGAAGUGAGUGAAAGCCCACCAGCACCGGAUCGGUACUGUGCUGAUUGUGAUAUUCGCUUUAGUUCUAUUAAAACGUAUCGUGCCCAUAAAGCUCACUACUGUAGCACAAGACAGGUUGUUAAACAAGUCUUAGCCGCGGCAAGAGGAGGCUCAGUGACAUCAGGGUCGGCUCCGCCUUCUCCCGGAGCCACACCACCUGCACAAAACCAAUAUGCACUCGCGUUACCAACAAAUCCAAUUCUUAUAGUGCCGUAUUCGCUCUUGAGAAGCGCUAGCACACUGCCAGGUGCGACUCUGCCAGAUCCAGACACACCGUGUUUCCUGUUACCAAAUGGAACUUUCCAACCACUAAGUCGAGCAUUACCAAAUAUUAACGCAGAUGGGAAAGAUUCGGAAGUAUUGAAAUCAGCUAAUCGUCCACGCGAGCCGUCUCGAGACGGUGCAGCACCUCUCGACCUUAGUGUUAGACGAUCGCCUGAAUCUGUAACAGCGGACGACCAAGAGAAAGAAAACAGAAUACGGUCAACUACGCCUGAGCAAAUCGUUUGUGCACCAUCAUUACCUGGAUCACCAGAAACUCCUUCCCCUUCCCGACGUUCUUCUUCACCUAGUGGAGAAAGUUCGCCAAAAAGACGGCGUCGUAAUUCUAGAGGCCCAACUCCAAAACCACCAAGUAUACCAUCGCCACAAGAAGAUAAAUUAACUUCAGUAGUCCCGCCCGCAAUUCUACCACCGGCGUUAGCAUUACGACUUGCUUCAGAACUUCCAGUAACGCCCGCAUCUCCUCAAGUCUUAGUUAAACAGGGUGUCUCGAAGUGUAAAGAAUGCAACAUUGUCUUCUGCAAAUAUGAGAACUAUCGGAUUCAUAAGCGACAUUACUGUUCUGCUGGCGGUUGUGACGAGCGAGUGAGCCCUGCUCCUCCUGAGCCUGGACCACCGCCACAAUACCGCCAACUGAUUUGCUUGGCUUGCGGAAUACAUUUCAGUUCCCUCGACAACUUGACCACACAUCAAUCUUAUUACUGCACGAAGAGAGAAACUAGAUCGCCUCGAAGCUUGCCCGAAGUAACUCGGCCUGCUUCGGGGCCUGAAGGUGGAUGGAAGUGUCCAUGUUGCGAGGUGAUAUCACCCACAGCGGUAGCGGCGCAGCGGCAUAUGGAAGCUCACGCCGGAGUCAAGGCAUUCCGUUGCACUAUUUGCCGGUACAGGGGCAAUACUCUACGCGGGAUGCGCACGCAUAUACGAAUGCACUUUCGUGAGAAGCCCUCUGAUCUACAGGAGGAGAGUUUCAUUUCUUGCGUACUCGAGGAGGACAAUCGCGAGACGACCUCACCGAGCCCGGCUACUGCCGGUGACCGAAUCCACCGCUGCAGCAGUUGCGCCUACACAUCCACGUAUCGAGGCAACGUAGUGAGGCACGCGCGUUUAGUCCACUCCACUGAAGAGCCUGAGCCCGAAGAACAGACGUCUCCAAUCCCCGCUGCUGACAUAAAAAAAGAACCGGAUGCUGAAAUGGAAGAAACCCCUAAUUAUUGUAAAUCCUGCGAUAUAUCGUUUAAAUAUGUCAAUACUUAUAAAGCUCACAAACAGUUCUACUGUACCGCUGCUAAUCAAGACGCUACAGCUAAUAAUAAUGUACCCGCGCCCCCGCCACCACGAGUUAAUGACACGCCUGUACUAUAA